GGGAGUGGUCUGCAAUGCCCAGCUUGUGGUCAACGACAAUUUUUCUUCAAUGCCAAGCCAAACAAGAGUCGUGGGGGCGGUCACGUCGAUCGAAUGAGAGAGCAGCAUAACGGGACAUGCAAACCGUGUGCCCCGAUGCCCACGUCAUCCGUUCCCGCCGUCCCAGCCACUUGCGACAGGUGGCACGACAUAAGGACAAUGAUGACGACGGUGAUGAACACGAUGACAGUGACGAUUACGGUGGUGAUGUUGAUCUGGGCGACGAUGUCGCUGACGAUGAUGACGAUGUUGUUGAUGAUGAUGAUGUCGAUGAAGAUGUUCGUGAUGAUGAUGAUUGUGAUGACGACGAUGAUGAUGAUGACGAUGAUGACGACGAUGAUGAUGAUGACGAUGAUGACGACGAUGAUGACGAUGAUGACGAUGUUGAUGAUGGCGAUGAAAACGAAGAGGACGAUGGUGGUGAUUUCGAUGACGGCGACGAUGUCGCUGAUGAUGAUGAUGUCGUUGAUGACGUUGAUGAUGUUGAUGAUGUUGUCGAUGAUGAUGACGAUGUUGAUGACGUUGACGAGGUUGAUGAUGAUGUUGUUGAUGAUGAUGAUGAUGUUGAUGAAGAAGAUGAUGAUCACGGUGACAAUGAUGGUGAUGAUGAUGAUGAUGAUGAUGAAGAUGAUGACGCUGAUGGUGGUGGCGACGAUGAUGGUGAUGAUGGGGGUGAUGAUGAUGAUGAUGAUGGCAAGCAAGAAUCACGGGGCCGCUCGAGACUUGAAACAGUUCUUCGAGGAGGCGCAGUUUUUCGACGACGGCGAAGCGCACACGAUGGCGCAACUGUUCGACAAGGGCUCAGCGCAAACGGCGUUGGCCACUUGCUGACGCAGGACGCAGAGACGAGAUGUCGAAGCGGAGACAACCGAACCACAGACGACAGUUGUCGACGAGAGGAAGCCCCUGCGCCCACGCCCGCCGCCGCCUGGCGCAACAGCGGAGCAGAAAAGGCGAUGGAGGAUGUCGCUGACGGGACGCCGAGCGCGAAUGCGCUCGUCGGGCUCGAGAUGCGAAAAGGCUGCCCCAGACCCGCGGCAACUGAGCAUUGCGUGAUGGAGGGGACCUUCUCGACACCACGCAUCUUUGAGUCGAUCUUCUCGAGACCACAUGCCAUGAGUGCCGAGACGCACAUUCGCUUAGCAGAACCUUUUCGUCCUUGUGCGAAAUCCGUGCGGCAUUUCAACGGUGUGACGACGAUCCACGGAGCGACCGCAGAGGACUUCGACGAGGACCCAUGGAUGACCGUCGUUCCGUGCAGGGACGCGCAUCUUGACGACUGGGGUGAGGGCAAUUGGGCCAGUAUGGAGAGUCACUGCCCUUGGGCAAGCCAGUACAAGUUCGCGAAUAUGUUGGAGUUUGGGGACCUCAUCCCACAGCCUGACGCCGUCCUUGGACAUAAGUUCCUGAACCAAAUGCGAAAAGCACUAAGCUGCAUUAGCUGCUAUUUCAGUCGCCUCGAGUGCCACAACGUCAGGUCGUCGCCACAAACUUGGGGUGGCUCGCGGAAACAAGAGUUGAUGGACUGCGCUCGUCGCUGCUCGUUUCUGGACCAGUACCUGCUCCGUUGCCCCGGGAUUUCUCCACGAGCUGUGUCGUACUGCUGUGUGCGGUUGACUGUGUCCGGAUCUGGUUUCGCCAGAGUUCUGUGUGUCGCUGCUUCGAACAAGAGCAGGAAACUCGUCGACGCUGUUGUGCUCGUGUCGCGCAACGAGGUUGUGAUUGAAGGGUCCAAAUUCGUGCCGAUGCGUGGGCCUGAACGUGUGGAUGGGUGGCCAGAUUUGGUGAUAGCAGCGGAUCCCGGAGAAGAGGGAGUCCUGUGUGGGUCUGACUUGGAUCCCGCCGAGGGCCAUGGCGCGGAAGGCGAGGCCGUGGGCGGGGAGGGAGCGCAGGGCACUCACCAAAAAAGGAGGGGAGAAUGUCAAGAAGAGUUGGUGGGCUCUUCGAAGAAACAGGAGACCAAGACCCCGAGGACUACGGGAGAGAAACGGAAGGGGAGGGGGGUGGAAGAGGGUCACCCGGGUAGCAAAAGUCCAGCUUCAAAACAUAAACAGCCUGAGUCGGGACCUUCUUCACCAUGGCCUGCCAUCGACGUGGACGCCGGGUACUUCCUGGAGUACAAAGACGACGUCAGGACAAGGCGGGAGUUUGAGAUCAGCCCGGCUCAGAUCGUUGACAUAAGGGAGUGGGAGGAUCUUUACAACCAGCGGUUGCUAGAUCCCGUCCUCGUGGAAACGAUAAGGGAAGCAAUGCGGUCUGCGUUCGAAAAUAAAGAACAGACGUACGAGUUGCCGAUCUUCAAGCUCGCACCACUGGGGCUUCAAAAACCAACUCCUGGGACCAAGGCACAACGUCUGAAGCCAGAGGAGUGGAAGGAUGAGCUGGCGGGAGAAUACUACUACUACGCGGUGUGCGGGCAGCACAACGCGGCUGAAGCCAGGUCGCUGCUCGGCAGCGAGGUGGCCAAGAAGUACAAUUUCGAGCGGUGGUCGGCACGGAUGGUGUACUUUUCCGACGAUGACUUCGAAGGGUAUUUUCUUGUUAGGUCACAGGACAAUAAGAAGGACCUGAAGGCGCCUCCCAUACAGUUGAAACUUUCUAUGAAAGACAUUCGAUGGCAGUGGAAGCAUGACGGCUUCCCGAGAGCUGUGAUGGGGAACCCUAGCGGGAAACAAGAUCUGGUCCGGGCUUGGCGCCGUCUCCCCGUCGUUGGCGAAGUUGGGAAAGCUCAGCGUGCAGGACAUGGUUUAGCUGGUGAAGUGCGACCGCGUGCUGGUCCGGUUGUGGAAUUACUACCAAUUCAAACACGAGAAGAGGUCGGACGCGGACUGGAUCCUAAGGUACCCUUUGCCGUGUUUAAGAAGUUUGAAGAUCAGGGAUUGGAUGACGAGUUGUGGGAUAACAGCAGGAAACACGUUUCCGACUCGGCGUUGUUCAAGGACUGCCCGCCGUACAUGGGUUGUGACCAGGACAACUCGAUUGAGGUGACGAAGAAGUUGGCGGACCACAACAAGUUGUUCGUCGACUGGAGAAACAAGGUUCUCUCCGUGUUGAAUGGAAGCAGACUGAAGAGCUGGGAAGUCGCACUUGUCGAAGGCGUCGUUCACAUUAAAUGGAAAGACACGAGGGAUGUGACAUUCAUCGCGCCGUUCGCCAACGACCCUUUAGAGGCGGACAUCAGGGGCGCAGAGCUGAAGGAGGCAGUGGCUGCCACAAAGAGCCACACGUUUGCCCUAGAUCUAUGUGAGCCGGUUGACCUCAAACUGUGGAAGCCCCAAGCGUGGGAGACUUUGAAUUCCUAUCUUCAGACGUGGUGUCCCUCGCAUUGGACUCUCGUUGUUUUCGUGCCGCGGCAGCACAACCUGUCAUUUCUCGCCAACAUGCACCAUCUUUCUUUCAUCAAGCUGUUGGAAGGGAAGUGGGGCAUCGUCUACGGGGAUAUGGAACGCAAUCCGAUCCAAUUCGUCGGUCUUCUUGAUUUUCUUGGCAAGAAGGGAGAGGGUGUUGUGUUCCUUGGGAUACCGCACGCGCGAAGCAUCUGGGAGCUUCUAAAGGCCGGCCGACACGUUCUUGCAAUGGAAGGGAACUCCGACCUCUUGCAAUUCACGAUGCAGGUGCUGAAAAGCGAGGUCAAUUGGAGUGGGCACAAUUGUGAGUUCAUGGUCGUGAGGCCAAUACGGGAUAAGGUGUGGAGCAAGAAGACGGAUAUGUGGUUCAAGUUGAGCGAGAGGAAGAGGAACAAGAUAUACGAUUUUUUGUUCCUUCAAACGCGUCCGAGGAGGGACACUGACGCCGAGUACAUCCGCCGGAAGGACCACAUGUUGGCACUGCUCGACAACUACCACUUCGCCUCCCGCAUGAACGAGACGACGUUUAUCGAAAGGCUGCAAUCGCUGUACUUCGUGGAGUCCGAGGAGCAGUUGAAGUUAGCCAGUUACGCUUCCCUGAUCUCCACUAACGACGAGGAAGCCAUAGGUGUGGAGUUUGUCGCCAACGCGAAGGAGGAGGAGAGCGACACGGAGAGCAUCGACCUGCAGUACGACCCGCCUCCGGCGGACCACGGCCGAGGGUCCUCGUCGGUCGGUCCGUCACCAAGCGCUGCAGCCCUCGUGUCACCAUUGGCCAAACCGACGCCGGGCGCCACGCCGAUGAAGUUGCUGGAGAGACUUAGAGCUCUGGCCGCCCCCCCGCCCGCUUUGCGUCCCGGGUCCGUUAUCCCGCCCGAUCAUCCGUCUUGGAAGGAUGACAACAUCCACUUCCUGCUUGAACCGCAACGCCAUUCACCUGAGCAGGACUGGGGCCAUGACAUGGUUUGGCAUUCGGGAGUCAUCCAGCCAGCGAUACGAAAUGGCGAGUGGGUCAUGGCCGUGGCAAUCCCGGGCGCGGGAUGGGUGUCAUUCCAACGCGAGUCGAAGUCCGACUUCCUGCACCUCGCGAGGAUUUCGGACAAGUGCUGGUUGGAAUUGACGGAGGACUACUACAAGCUCGACACGAGUCCGUCGAAGGGCGUGGUGGACUGGAAAGUGCCCCCUCCCAGUGGGCCGGACGGUGGUUCCGGGGGGGGGUCACUUGGAAGCGGAGGGGAUGGGGGUGGCGACGCAGGGGGUGGCAAAGGAAUCCCGCCUAUGGGGGAGAGAGGGUCUCAUGGCCGCAACACAACACCGGGAGGCAGCGCCGGGGUGGUGGGUUUCGCCGUCGACCGGACUCCGUCGACAGGCAUCCGACCCGAGCACACGACACACUCCGCCGAACCCCAGACUUCGUUCGUGGGCUCAGCGAGGGACACGUUGGCAGCCUUGGUUGCUCUGGGCAUUCGCUCGGCCGGAAAGCCGAAGUCCGCCGGGAUCCGAACUACGUCGGGUGAGGAGCCGCCAGAGCGGUCCGGAAUGCGAAGCUGCUCGGGGUCGGGGGAUCCAAGCACGGAUCGAGAAAUUCGCAGCAUUGCGGCGCGGGACGGAGACAUCCGAACGGUGUCGCCUGCGCGGGAGCGACGGCCGCAAGGAUUGCAGCGGGAGGCUGCAAGUGCAGGGUCCGGCCACAGACGUCUGCUGUCGACUUGCAGCACCGGUUCGACGAGGCUUCCGUCGCUAUCAGCCCGUCUGAAAAAAGUCGACGUAUAAGCAUUGACGAAGUUAUCGACAGUGUCCUCGGCGACCACAAUGUGUUUGCCCGUCCGUUCGCAACUGCCAACGUCG